AUGAAGUACUAUACUAUCGCCGUCAGUGACACGUUCCAUGCCGGCCUCAUCGACGCCCUCAAACAGAUGGCCAUAGAAGACACCAACUCUCCAACUUCACUUGAGGGGCAAGCACAAGGUCCCGAGAACGCGAAGGGAGGUGCCGUGACGGUGCAGGCAUUCGGCGGCUCGAGCUUCGCACAGGAACUUCAAGCUGUUCGUGAAGUGGUUGACGACGUUGUCAACUUGACUACAUCCCUGGGUCAGGAUAUCGCAUCCCUGCAGGGCAUGAAGCACGAAGUGGAGACGCUCGCGGCAACGAUGGCCGAUGCGGAGGCAUUGAAGGAUCUCUCGGAGAAGUUCGGGCCAAUCCAGCAUGCACAAGCCGAAGCUAAGGCAGUGGAAGCGAUGCGUGCAGAGCUUGACACCAUUGCCCCGAAGCUUGAUGCUACAGUCGGCUAUCUGAACGACUUGAAACACGCCUCGAUAUGCGUCGGCGUCGCGUUCGGCAUUGCGAGCGUAUACUUCGUUCUCGAAUCAUUUGGCACCGGCCUGGUGGCCGUCAUAGCCUUCUUCGCCUUUGUAGCGGCCGCUUGCAUCUUGACCGGCUGGCGGUCCAAACGUCUGAUCAGGCAUCUAUUCGAAUACGUGUAG